AUGGAUGCCCAUGUUGUUAUUUCUGGUGUUGUGGUCGUUAUUGUUGCCAUGGACGUCAAUGUCGUUACUACUUAUAUUGUGAUCGUUAUUGUUGCCAUGGAUGCCAAUGUUGUUAGUUCUGGUAUAGUGAUCGCUAUUGUUGCCAUUAAUGCCAAUUUAUCUUGUUACUGCUGGUAUAGAGAUCGCGAUCAGUUUUAUCUUUCAUCGUUUCCAGCAACCUGGGUGGACGGCCCUCUGAUCAGUGGUGUUGCCGAGGGUGUCUACACUUCCGGUCUGGCUGCUCUCCAAGUUCCGAUAGGGUAUGCCAUGGGCACGAUCUUCCAUGAUAUAUUCUCCCCAGCUGCAGCAUUCUUUGUGAAAAGAAUGCGUCGGGACGGCACCGUCACUAUGCUGGAUCCUUUGGAACGAAAGUUUGGUAAAAUUAUGACCGGGUUUCUGUUUCUGCCAGCGCUGUCAGGAGAUAUGUUUUGGUGCGCAGCAACCUUGUCAUCAUUAGGUACCACCUUGACCGUAGUGGUCGGACUAGACCACUGGAUCGCCAUUACGGUGUCGGCAGCUGUCGUGCUGAUAUACACUUUGUUUGGGGGACUCUACUCGGUCUCCUACACCGACGUAUUGCAGAUGAUAUUCUUAUUCCUCGGCUUGUGGAUAGCCAUACCGUUUGCUAUGUCAAGUCCAUAUAUGACGUCAUUAUCAGAAACGUCACAGAACUGGGUUGGUACCAUCCAUAGCCGUGACGUCAGCACUUACGUAGAUGUGACGUUACAGUUGGUACUAGGAGGGAUACCAUGGCAGGCGCUGUGGCAGCGCGCCUUGGCGGUGAAGUCAGCGAAGAUCGCGAAAGUAACCAUGUACGCAUGCGCAUUUGGAUUUAUUUUAUGUACCGUUCCCCCACUUCUCAUUGGGAUGACUGCAGUGUCUGUCGAUUGGAAUUCCACAGAAUAUGAAGGAGAACUUCCUUUUGCUGAAGAUGAUGUAAAACUGAUCGCACCUCUUGUUCUGCAGUACGUCUGCCCUUUUGCUGUUUCUCUGAUUGGUCUUGGUGCCGUUUCUGCUGCAGUGAUGUCGUCUGCGGACUCCAUCUUGCUUUCGUCUAGCUCCAUGUUCGCCAACAAUGUCUACAAACCUGCCCGAAUGGGAAAGGCAAGCGAACGUGAGAUCAUUUGGGCCAUUCGAGUAUUUAUGACACUUAUGGCCAUUCUGACGACGGUGUUGGCCAUUGAGAUCACCAGCAUCUUCGCUCUUUCUAUCUUGACUUCCGACCUGAUCUACGUCAUCCUGUUCCCUCAAUUGACGGCAGCUCUGUUUGUAGACGCAGCCAACAUCUACGGAUCAAUUGCUGGGUAUAUUGCAGGAUUGAUCAUCCGGGUACUUAGCGGGGAGCCGUUGCUAGGUCUGCGAGCAGUUCUGCAGUGGCCUUGGUAUGAGGAAGAAACUGAUUUCCAGCCGUUCCCCUAUAGGACAACUAGUAUGCUCCUCAGCUUGAUAACUAUUCUGCUCGUGUCACACGUCACAAACGUCGCUUUCCGUGCUGGUUGGUUGCCAAGGAGAUGUGAUGUGCUCCACGGCGUCGUGGGGGGGCAGAUCGAAAGGGAGGCUGCGUGUGAGAUACAGACUGCUCAGAAAGGAACGAAGGAAACGGAUGAUGGGUUCCAGGAAAAUGCAGGGUUUACAUACCACGGCAUAACGGAGACGUACAUGUAG